AUGGCUUUCUCCUCGUACAUUCUGACCGCUUUCCCAGCCUCUGGCGCUCGCAUUCCUCCUUAUUUCCACAAUACUGACCAUCGUCAGCGCUGUCUCACCCAGCUUCGCUCCAAACACACUGGGCUCGAAAAAUAUAUCUUCCUCAAUGGCUUGAAGGAGCGCGACCCCAACCUGUUUUACGAGGUCCUCCUGAGUAAUAUGCUAGAGAUCAUCCCAAUUCUCUACACCCCAACCGUCGGCGACGCUUGUUCCAAUUAUUCGCACAUUUGGCGGCGACCUGAAGGCCUCUAUGUCUCUAUUGAAAGCAAAGGUCAUAUUCGCCAGAUACUCAGCACCUGGCCUGCAGGAGCGGCUGGGAGGAUCGCAGUUGUGACCGAUGGCUCUCGCAUCCUCGGUCUAGGCGAUCUCGGGGCAAAUGGCCUGCCAAUUUCUAUUGGUAAAUUGGACCUGUACAUCGCCGGCGCUGGAAUCAAGCCUUCUACGACUGUGCCCAUCUGUCUUGACCUCGGUACUAACACAGAAAAAUUCCUCAAUGACCCACUGUACCUGGGUGUGCGUCGAAGGAGACCGGACACGGCUGAGAUGGACGAAUUCAUGAAAGAGUUCAUGGCGGCUAUGAGAGACGUGUUCCCUCAACUCCUCGUCCAAUUCGAGGAUUUCUCGACGGACAACGCCUUCAGAUAUCUGGAUUUGUUUAGAAACCAGUAUAGGUGCUUCAACGACGAUAUUCAGGGCACAGGAUCUGUGGUGCUAUCCGGAUUCCUCAACGCUGCGAGGCUGGCGACCGCCGAUGCCGGUACUCCACUUUCGGACCAGAGAAUUCUCUUCUUCGGUGCUGGCUCUGCUGGCAUCGGUGUGGCAAAGCAGCUUACGUCCUUCUUCACGCUCCUUGGCUUGAGCGAAGAGGAGGCAAGACAACGCAUUUGGACUGUAGACUCUAAGGGCUUGAUUACGGCUGAUAGGAAGGGUCUACAAGAGCACAAGAAAUACUUCGCUCGAACGGACUACCAAGGACCGCCACUGACAUCUCUCAUUGACAUCGUGAAGUACGUGAAACCCACGGCGCUCUUGGGUCUGAGCACAAUUAGGAACGCAUUUUCGGAGGAUGUUGUACGCCUCAUGGGAUCUCUCAACACAAGGCCAAUCAUCUUUCCCUUGUCGAACCCUAUCUCCUUGUGCGAACUUGACUAUUCAGAUGCCAUUCAUUGGACCAAUGGUUCUGUCAUCUUCGCGUCUGGAAGCCCGUACAAGCCCGUAGAGUUUGAAGGCAGGGUGUAUGAGCCUGGUCAAGGAAACAACAUGUACAUCUUCCCUGGAAUCGGCCUGGGCACGAUCCUCUCGAAGGCAAGGCACGUAACGGACUCCAUGGUCGAACAAGCAUCUAUCGCUCUCGCCAGCGCUCUUACGGAGGACGAGCAGUCGGCAGACUUGAUUUACCCCCGUCUCACCCGCAUUCGCGACAUCAGUGCCAAAAUCGCUCUUGCUGUUAUCCGCGCUGCCCAAAAGGACAACGUCGACGAGAACACCCUUUUCCGGAAUAUGUCGGACGAGGCAUUGCUGGAAUAUGUCGGAGCUAAGCAAUGGCAACCUCCCAGCACCCACAACGUCCCCCGCCUGUAG